AUGGUUUCAGCAGGCGAAACUUUCCAGCUGCCCGAGCGGCCAAAGGAGGCCGCAAUUCCUCCUGCUUCGACACCAGAGAGCACGCAGCCCGCCGCCGCAGAGGAGAAGCCCGCUGCCCAGGCGAAGCCCGCUAAAGCGCCCAAGCAGAAGGCCCCCAAGCAGAAGGCCCCCAAGAACAAUGACGGCAAGAACAACGGCAAGAAGGGCGGCGCCAAGCCUGCCAAAGAAGCCGUCACAGAUCUCAGAUCGCUCGACCCAGAGGCCAUGUUCAAGGUCGGUUUCCUCGCCGACGUCUACCAGGAACGGCCGCUUUCCGAGCAGCACCCCAAGAUCCGCACGCGUUUCCCCCCUGAGCCGAACGGCUUCCUGCACAUUGGACACAGCAAGGCGAUUGCGGUGAAUUUCGGGUUCGCGAAGUACCAUGGUGGUGAGUGUAUUCUGCGCUUUGAUGACACGAACCCCGAGGGUGAGGAGGAGAUGUACUACCGUGGCAUCGAGGAUAUUGUCAGCUGGCUGGGAUACAAGCCCGUGCGGGUCACCAAUGCGAGCGACAACUUCGACCGUCUCUAUGAGCUCGCUAAGGAGCUGAUCCGGCGGGAUGGAGCGUAUGUCUGCCAUUGCAACAAGGCUGAGAUUAAGGCCCAGCGUGGUGAGGCCGACGGUGAGCGAGGCAAGGCGAGAUAUGCGUGCCCGCACCGUUCGCGCCCGAUCGAGGAGUCGCUUCAGGAGUUCGAGGCGAUGCGGGAGGGCAAGUACAAGGCUGGAGAGGCUGCGCUCCGCAUGAAGAUGGAUUUGGAGGAUCCCAAUCCUCAGAUGUGGGAUAUCUUUGCCUGGCGUAUUCUGGAUGUCGAUACCAAAGGCCAUUUCCGCACCGGCGGCCAGUGGAAGAUGUACCCCACGUACGAUUUUGCGCACCCUCUGUGUGACAGUAUCGAGGAGAUCACCCACUCCCUGUGCACCGUGGAAUUCGAGAUGUCGCGGCAGUCCUACGAAUGGCUCAACGACAAGUUGGACGUUUACCGGCCGAUGCAGCGCGAAUACGGCCGCCUGAACCUGACUGGAACCGUGCUCUCCAAGCGUAAGAUUAUCGAGCUGGUGAAGAAAAGCUAUGUGCGAGGAUGGGACGAUCCCCGUCUGUAUACACUGCUCGCCAUCCGUCGCCGGGGUAUCCCUCCUGGUGCCAUUCUCUCGUUCGUCAACAACUUGGGCGUCACCAAGGCGACCGCCAUUGUUCAGACGGUUAAGCUUGAUCAAGUUGUUCGCCAGUACUUGGAGACUACUGUGCCACGGUUGAUGGUCGUGCUGGAACCCCUCAAAGUUGUUAUCUCAAAUCUGCCCGAUGGUUACGAGGAGAUGGUGGAAGUGCCCUUCUCGAAGGACCCGGCAUUUGGUUCCCACCUGGUGCCUUUCACCAAGGUCGUCUAUAUCGAGCGCUCCGACUUCCGCGAGGAAGACUCACCAGACUACUUCCGCCUGGCUCCUGGCAAGACUGUUGGCUUGAUGAAGGCGCCUUUCCCUAUCACUGCCACCACUUUCGAUAAGGAUCCUGAGACCGGCGCUGUCACCUGCGUUUAUGCACACUACGAGAAGCCCGAGGACGGCUCCGCAACCCCUACCAAGAAAGCCAAGACUUAUAUCCACUGGGUUGGUGAAUCGGCCACCCACAAGAGCCCCGUCAAGGCUGAAGUCCGCGCCUUCAACUCUCUUUUCAAGUCCAAUGAUCCCAACGCCCACCCCGAUGGAUUCUUGGCGGACAUCAACCCCGAUUCCGAGGAGAUCUAUGAGAAUGCUCUCGUCGAUAUCGGGUUCCACGAUGUUUCCAAGUCUGCCCCCUGGCCCAAGGAGAGCGGCGAGGUGGGUGGCGAAGCCAGCCCUUACUCCACUCGUUUCCAGGGUAUGCGCACGGCAUACUUCGCAGUGGAUAAGGACUCGACGGCGGACAAGGUCGUCCUCAAUCGCAUUGUCACUCUGAAGGACACCCAGGGUAAGACCUAG